AUACUCUUGGGAUUACAACACGCAUUUGACAUUCCAACUCCUUCGACCACUCCCAUCUUCCUACACCUAGCGCAAAACAGGGAGAGGAAUGUGGAGGCUAAAGAUUGCAGAAGGCGGGAAUAGUCCGUAUAUAUACAGCACCAACGACUAUGCCGGGAGGCAGAUAUGGGAGUUCGAUCCCGACGCAGGAACUCUGGAGGAGCGCGCCGAGGUGGAGGAAGCUCGCCGUCAUUUUUACAAUAACCGCUUCAAGGUCAAGCCCAGUGGAGAUCUCCUAUGGCGAAUGCAGUUUCUAAGAGAGAAGAACUUCAAACAAACUAUUCCUCCCGUGAAGGUAGCGGAAGAAGAAGAGAUUACACAUGAGAAGGCAUCCACAUUGAGGAGAAGCGUCAAUUUCUUUUCAGCCUUGCAAGCCAGCGAUGGCCAUUGGCCUGCAGAAAAUUCCGGCGUGCUCUUCUUUCACCCUCCUUUGGUGAUAUGUUUGUUCAUUACUGGUCAUCUCAACAUUGUCUUCUCUUCAGAACAUCGAAAGGAGAUGCUUCGAUAUAUGUACAAUCAUCAGAAUGAAGAUGGUGGAUGGGGCUUACAUGUAGAGGGCCACAGCACCAUGCUCAGUACAGUACUUAACUAUAUAUGCAUGCGUAUAUUUGGAGAAGGUCCUGAUGGUGGCGAGGACCAUGCUUGUGCCAGAGGGAGAAAGUGGAUUCUCGAUCGCGGUGGUGCCACACACAUAUCCUUCUAUGGAAAGAUUUGGCUUUCUAUACUUGGACUCUAUGACUGGUCCGGGACCAAACCAGUGCCUCCUGAGUUACUGUUGCUUCCCUCGUUUCUUCCCCUGCAUCCAGCUAAGCUGUGGUGCUAUUUUCGGACCCUUUAUAUGCCCGCAUCAUAUUUGUAUGGAAGAAGAUAUGUAGCACCAAUUACACCUCUCGUUCAACAAUUGAGAGAGGAACUUCUAACUCAACCCUAUUGCAACAUCUCUUGGACAAAAGCUCGACAUCUAUGUGCCAAGGAGGAUCUCUAUCGUUCGCGUCCUUCAGUAGUGAAUUUGCUAUGGGAUGGUUUUUACCUACUAUCCGAGCCUUUUCUCAACAACUGGCCACUAAACAAGUUGAGAGAAAAGGCUCUUAAAACGACUAUGAAGCAUGUUCAUUACGAAGAUGAGAACAGCCGAUACAUUACACUGGUAUCUAUAGGAAAGGCAUUAAGUAUGCUUGCUUGUUGGGUGGAGGAUCCAAAUGGUGAAUACUUCAAGAAGCAUCUAGCUAGGAUUCAAGAUUUUAUAUGGGUUGCUGAAGAUGGAAUGAAGAUUCAGAGUUUUGGUAGCCAACUAUGGGAUACAAGCUUGGGAAUCCAAGCUUUGCUCGCUAGUAACCUAACCAGCGAAAUAGGGCCAAUACUCAGGAAAGGGCAGGACUUCAUUAGGAGAUCACAGGUCAAUGAUAAUCCUUCCGGUGACUUCCAAAGCAUGUACCGUCAUUUUUCUAAAGGAUCUUGGACUUUUUCGGAUCAAGAUCAAGGUUGGCAAUUAUCUGAUUGCACCGCAGAAGGUUUAACGUGUUGCUUGCUUUUCUCACAAAUGCCACCAGAAAUCGUAGGUGAGAAGGUAGAGCCAAAGAGACUAUAUGAUGCGGUCAACAUUAUACUUUCUCUGCAGCGUAAAAAUGGUGGAUUGACAGCAUGGGAGCCCGCAACUGCCGCAAAUUGGUUGGAACUCCUCAAUCCACUUGAAUUUCUCGACGAAGUCAUCGUGGAUCGGGAAUACGUUGAAUGCACUUCAGCGGCCAUCAAAGCUUUAGUUCUGUUCAAGAAGUUGUGUCCAAGGCACCGGAGCGAAGAGAUCCAAGAUUUUAUAUCCAAUGCUGUCCGAUACCUCGAAAGCGCACAAAUGCAAGACGGAUCAUGGUAUGGACAGUGGGGAGUUUGUUUUACAUAUUCCACAUGGUUUGCGCUCAAGGCACUCGCAGCCGCCGGCAAAAGCUACAAGAAUUGCACCGCUAUUCGUAAAGGCGUAGCUUUUCUCCUUCAGAUACAGUUACAGGAUGGUGGCUGGGGGGAAAGCUACCUUUCUUGCCCAAGAAAGAAAUAUGUAUCUCUUGAAGGAAAUAGAUCAAACUUGGUUCAGACUUCAUGGGCUAUGAUGGGUCUGAUUCAUGCUGGGCAGGCGGAAAGGGAUCCAGCUCCCCUACAUCGAGCAGCAAAGCUGAUAAUUAAUUCCCAAAUGGAAAAUGGUGAUUUUCCUCAACAGGAAAUUACUGGAGCUUUCAAGAAGAAUUGCAUGUUGCACUAUGCAAACUAUAGGAAUAUUUUUCCCAUCUGGGCACUUGCCGAAUAUUGCAACUUGGUACUUUUGAACAGUUGAGGAACUCAAUGAAUCAUGUCUUAAAUUUUGUCCAUCUCAUUACACUUGAAGGGGAUGUAAAAGUAGAAUUCUUGUGCGACCUUGCCAUAAAAACAGACGUGUAACCGUGGAUCCUGGAUUUCACUUUAUGAAAACGUAAUGCAAGCAACACG